AUGGACGAUAUUCCCGACGAGCUGCUCCUCCACAUCGUGGGCCAACUUAGAGGUCCCACGAGCUGGACAGAACCAGCCGACGACGGUCGAAUGCCUGCCCUUGCAGCUCUUUGUCGCGUCUCGAAGAAACUAAAUAGUAUCGCAAGACCAUUGCUCUACGAGUCGAUAGACCGCCCUCCAGCUGACAUCAAGUUGAAAUGGUCAUGGAAAUUUCUGAAACAUGUUCUAUCACAGCCUGAUAUUCGUUUGCACAUCAAGGCUCUUCGGCAAAAGCAACCUGCUAUGAAAUCCUUGGUCCAUUGGCCUAAGUUCGAAGGCAAUGAAGAGAAACGUUUCCUAGAAUUGUGGAUAUUGACUGGGCUGGAUGCGAAAUCUUCUCGACUUUGUCAACAACGAUUCGCCAAUCGCGAGGAUGUGUUCUUCGCUUUAGCGGCUUUUUGGUUGCCUAACUUGGAGCGUAUAUGGAUCCGAUUGCCAUCAUGCAAUGUGAUCGGUGGAACAUGUCUUCUUCUUGAGGGAAUUGGUAGGACGAUCAUGGGCAGACAUUCACCAGCGCGCCACAAUUUCCAAAAUCUAAAGACUCUAUACAUCGAUUUCCACUCGACGCCUGUCAUGUCAACAGCAUCCGUUCUGCCUUUGUUACUUCUGCCUAGCCUAGAUGAUCUUACCCUCGGCUCAUGGGGCUGCAGACCAAAUACGCCAGGGGCAAUGCCCCCAUUUCUCACCGACGAGAACGACUCCAUCGUAUACAACGUUCCAUGGAGAUGGCCUAUACGCUCGUCGCCUAUUUCUAAGCUCUCGCUGAUCAGACCUUAUGUCUCUGAGAACAUGGUCAAGAAGGUGAUACGCGCGUGUAAAGCUCUACAACAGUUUGAAUGCACCCUUCCUACGCCCCAUCGUCCUGGGGAUCGCUGGUUCGGCAGCAUUGUUUCUGCGUUAAAUGAUCACUCUGAGAGUCUUGAGGACCUGUCCGUCGCGUGUCGAGUAGUAUAUGGUGCUUCGCCGGCAAAAUACCGUCUGGCUCAGCUCGAACCUCUCAGUAACCUGACAAACUUGAAAUCGAUAAGAGUCCCUUUGUAUCUGGUUUCUGAUCCAGAUAGAAGCGAGAGAAGUGUUCUACAAUUCUUCCCGCAAAGCAUCGAACACGUGCACAUCGAAUGGCUCCGUGCGCUGAACGUCAGAGCUGACAAACAACUUCCUGGCAUCCUUGCGAUGCGCAAAGCAGGAUAUUUCACAUCCCUUCGGCAUGUAUACGUCACAUGGGUCCAUUUUCGAGAACACGGAGACGAAGAGUAUGACUUGCUUGAAAACCUUCGUUUGUUGCUUCAUAUUAGAGAGCAAUACGAAUCAUCAUCUAUAAAGUUUGACAUCUUAUUCGUACUCGAGGAUGACAAAAAAUCCAACAUAAAAUGGCCUAAAAUAGCCGAAAUGAAAGAACUAAUAAUGGAUGGAACAUAUCUGCAAACUCGCAAGGGCCAUUCGGAUCCAAGCGUUUUCGUUCGUUUUACAACGUGUCCUGGUCGCUACACAGCGGAGGAACAGGAAGAUGAUCGAGACCGUGGGUACGUCUGGGUACCUAGGUAG